AUGACUCGUGAAAGGAUUCUGGGCAUAUUUGAAUCAUCUCAUAAGCAAGUCGUCCGUACAACUUUCGGACCUCAACGGCAUCCCCAAAGUCAAAAUGAGCUGAUCUCAGACACAAAGGGAUUUUUCGCCAUGAAGGUGACCAAAGAAGACUCAAUCAUAGAACAAAGUGAAAUUCCAGACCUAUACGCCUCAGUCCUCAACCUUUCUCUCCUUUCCUUGCCUUCUAGUCCACCACAAAGAGGGACACGAGGAUUUACAGCGGCUGACCAAGUACAACAAAAAGUAAAUAAUUGCACCGUCACUUCCAAUGAUGUAACCACACAUCAAUCUCUAUUGGUCCACAUCUCUCAUCCCAGCCAAGGGGCCAAGGCCCAGAAAGAAUUCCAAAAAGCUUAA